GCUCAGGAAGCGCUUACUGUAUGCCCGGCGUUGGGCUGGGGAUAUAAAGGCAAAAACAGUUCCAGGUUAAAGAAAUCAGCAUUUAUGAAGUGCCAAGAGCCGAGAGAAGGGCUGAGGAUACAGAAAGAUCCUUAAGGUAGCCUUUGCCUUCAAAGCGCUACAGUCUGAGGGGGCCGCCCGUUUGUAAAUAUCUGGAUAUUUACAAGGUCUGUGUUCGGGAGGGAGUCGCGGAGGAGACCGGGGAGACCUCCCGCAGAGGGCAGGAGUGACAGAAGUCCGAGAAAGUCAGCGGCAGAAGGGCGGGCGUAGGGCCUUCCAGGCGCGGGGAACAGGCGGCAUAAAGGUACGGAGGGAAUAGUGACCCCUUUUGAAUUAGUGAGACGUUGAAGCCAGAGACUAACUUUUUCAACAUGAGUGUCACCUCGGAGAAGAAGGGUCGAGGGAUGAAGUUUGCAGAGGAGCAGCUGCUUAGACAUGGAUGGAGUCAAGGCAAAGGCCUUGGCAAGAAGGAAGAUGGCAUAGCCCAGGCCAUCAAGGUGAAGUUGAAGCAGGAUAAUGCUGGGGUGGGACAUGACCCUUCUAAGGAAUUCACCGACCACUGGUGGAGCCAACUUUUCAACAAGACAGCAGCCAGCUUGGUGGUAGAGACUGGGAAGGAUGGAGUAAAGAUGAAGACCCAGACCAAGGACACCAAUAAGCAGAAACGAUCUGGGGGCUCCAAGUCCAGCCUGUUGUAUGGACACUUCAUAAAGAGUGCCACGCUCACGUCAGCCGGGGAGAAGGCGGAGCAGCGGAGUGAACAGAGCAGCGAGGAUGAGGCGCUUCCAGCAGCCAAGAUCCUGACAGAUGAGGAAUUGAUUCGAGCCUGCGAGGGACGUACUGCACACAAGGGUGCCCGCCAUGGGCUUACCAUGAAGGCCAAGUUGGCACGGCUGGAAGAACAGGAGCGGGCCUUCUUGGCACAGUACAAAGGCCAGAAUGCAGGGGUAUCUGACUCCCCGGCUGAGGACAUACCCAAGAAGAAGAAGAAGAAAAGAAGUCAAGAAGAAACAUCAGCAACAGACACGAAUGAGCACCUGGAGAUCCUAGAACAGCCUGAUGAGAACAGCAGGAAGAAGAAAAAGAAGAAGAAAAGGAGACAACAGGAAGAGGAAGAAGAAGCAGAGGUAGAUAUUCAAGUAGAGAGGGAAGAGGAAGAAGAAAGCAGGACCCAGAAAACAAAAAAGAAGAAAAGAAAAAAAGAAGCACCAGAGGCAUAAUGAGGACUGUCCCAGUUACCACCUGCCUACCCUCUGCCCACUGUGGGGGGGUGGGGUGAGGGGACAAUGGAAGGGACAUGAGGAUUCUCCUUUAGGUGGUGAGGCCAUUGGAGAUCAAGGCUCUGUGGCCCCCUCUCCUCCAGUUUUUCUACAUGGAGGAAUCAAUAAACCCCUCCUGGGACCCUGCCUUUCA